UAGCCGUGUGUGGGGCUACGUUUAGCGCCGUGGAAAGGCGAAAGGGGUUGGGGGAUUCUGUUUUUGGUAACAGAUAUCCUAGUCCAUCUGUGGUUUUUUUACGGAUUGGGCCACGCGUCGUUGAGGCGAAAAGCCCCUGCUAGAGCGCCGAGAUGCUGAAUAUGUGGAAAGUCAGGGAGUUGGUGGAUAAAGCAACCAACGUGGUGAUGAAUUACUCAGAGAUAGAGUCCAAGGUUCGAGAAGCCACCAACGAUGACCCUUGGGGCCCCUCUGGUCAGCUCAUGGGAGAAAUUGCCAAAUCCACAUUCAUGUAUGAGCAGUUCCCUGAGGUAAUGAACAUGCUCUGGACCAGAAUGCUGAAAGACAACAAAAAGAACUGGAGGAGAGUUUACAAGGCCUUACUACUUCUAGCAUACCUCAUAAGAAACGGAUCGGAGCGGGUUGUCACGAGUGCCAGAGAGCACAUCUAUGACCUCCGCUCGCUGGAAAAUUAUCAUUUUGUAGAUGAGAAUGGCAAAGACCAGGGCAUUAAUGUGCGGCAGAAGGUCAAAGAAAUGGUGGAGUUCGUCCAGGACGAUGACAAGUUACGGGAGGAGCGGAAAAAAGCCAAGAAGAACAAGGACAAAUACAUUGGAGUGUCGUCGGACAGCAUGGGAGGCUUUAGGCAAAGUAAUUCGGGAGAGCGCUUUGACUCAGAGUCCAAAAGCAAGUGGGAAGAGGACUGGGAGAGGAGCAAAAGUGGAUUCCCUUUCAGUGAGAAGCUCGGUGAGAUCAGCGAUAAGAUCGGUAGUACUAUCGACGACACCAUUAACAAGUUCCGCAAGAAGGAAAGAGAAGACUCGCCUGACCAGAUUAGCGACAACGAGGAGGACGGAGUGUCGCAGAACGGCCGACCGGCCAAGUCCGAAUUCAAGGACGAGGACGAGGCGGUGUCGGUUAAGAGCAUACAGAUCUCGCAGGCUUCGGAGAGCACCGCCUCUGGCAGCACCACCCGCAAACGGGGCGGGGUGCCCUCCAAAACGGUGGACCUGGGUGCAGCUGCGCAUUACACGGGCAGUCCAGAUGAAGACAGUGCAAAGACAUCAGGCAGUCAGUCAUCUAGCACAGGACUUUCAGAUCUGUUCAUGGUUGACUCUGGAGCGAAUCAGCCAGCACCUGCAGGUGGGAGCUCCGACCUCAUUGCUGGCUUUGCCAAUUUCUCUUCCGCGACUGCUGCUGCUGGGUCAUUGUCGACCGGGAAUGGGGAGUUUGGAGACUGGAAUGCCUUCUCGUCAGUCAGCCCACCCCCGUCUGCGACGUCCUCGGCCGUCCCCGACCUGUUCUGCAACGCAGCACCGCUCGCCUCCAGGCCCAUCCCGCCAGCCGCCCAGCCGCCGUCUGCCGACCUCCUGGAUCUGAUGGGCCCCAACCACAGCGGCCUCAGUGCUUCCCAAAGCAUGACAUUCAGCAUGUGCCCGCAGAGCGCAGGGGUGCCCAUGUCCAGAUCACAGACUCUGGGAGGGCCUGUGCACAGUUUAGGAGGUCCUUUGCUGCCCCAGCAAAUAGGCGCUCCGAAGGCAGGAGGGACGGUGUCGAUGCCAUCCACGUGGUCUGAACCCAGUGUCAACAUCAGCCUGGACUUUCUGGCCAUGGGCAUGAACCCUCCCAAACCGGCACAGCCUACCCUUAACACCAUGAUGCAGCAAGGUGUCCAACCACCUGUGAAUUUGGUUGCCCAGAACUUCGCAGGAAUGACCCUCAACACUCAGCCCGUAGGCGUGCCCACCAGACCGUCCAUGAACCCCAUGAUGGCAAGCGGUCAUAUGGGCAUGGGAAUGCCCCCCACUAUGGCAACAGGCACCAUGGGUUUGGGCUCCAUGGGUAUAGGAGGAAUGCCUGCCAGUCAGGGACUGAUGGGUGUGAACAUGGGACCUGUUGCCUUAGGCCUCCCUGGCGGCAUUAGCGUGCCGGGCACAGGCGUGGGCAUGAGUCCUGCCAUGAUGCAGCCUAAACAAGAUGCCUUUGCAAACUUUGGCAACUUUGGGAAAUGAAGAAAAGCAUGGAGGUGGUUAAAAAAAAAAAAAAAAAAGAAGAAAAGGGAAAAAAAAGAGCAACUGGUCCAAAUACACCUUAAAAGAAGCAGCAGCAUCUGGUAAAAUUGACACAAACUAGCCACUGUCUGGGCCCUUCAAUCAUCUGUCAUCUUAGGUUAACAAAUAAAUGGGAAUCAAAUACAAUUUGUUUUCCUCCUAUUAUGGUGGCAGUGGUGGGGGUUAAUGAGGUGACCAAAAUUGUAGGUGUUUCAGUAAUGGUUAAAGGUGCAAGUUACAGGCUGAAAAGGGUGUCCUUUGCCAUUUAGGUAUAUCUGCCAAUGGCUAUUUAGACAUAAACGUCAGAUCCCUCACAACAAACGUUACAGAUGUAUGGCUCUUUCUUAAACCUCCUCUCACCAUGUUCAAAUCAGGAAUUACCUCAAUGUCCAUUGUUCAUGCUGUGACUAAAAACGCUGCAAGUGGUUGAUUUUUGUAAAUAACUUUUUUUUUUUUUUUUUUUUUUGGUGAAGAAGCAAACUAACUAUAAAUUAUUGUGUUGUUUUACUGAGUUCUCAGAGGGUAUGAGGGGAACAAUAAGCUCUGAAAGUCAAAGGAAUACCACAGGUCCUUUUCAUUUAAUUUAUAUUUCCUAUUUGGGUUCUCUCCCAAGCUCAUCUCCUACACACCCACACCCCCAUAUGGUGUUACCAGACCAAAAACACUCCAUUCAGUCUUUGGAUUAAGGAAAAUCUUCCUUUGACUUGCACCUAUGUUUAAAUGUUGUAGCAGCCUGUUUUGAAUAUCUGUGCUGACCUCUCUGGUAAAGAGUGUCUGACAGUGAAAACUGACACCAUUAAACUUCUUCGUGCUGAAGCCCAUAAACAGAAUGUGAAUGUCAGCAGGCAUGUCUUCCCCUAACAGAUCUUUUCUGGCUAUCGGAGAGGACGGGCUACGUAUACAGCACAAGCAACUGGGGGUGCUGACUAUGGAGCAGGGAGUUAUGGAAUGGGGAAGGACUCCUGUGUUUCGAUUUACUUUAGGGGAGCAAGGGGAGAGAAGGAAGCCGUUACAUUUGUGAUCUCCUUUUUGCACAGUUCUACUGUUCAAAUGAAGUAAAAGUUGCACAAGUACAAACUGUAGCGGCAGCGGACACGGCGAAGAUAAUGGGUACCUACUUGAAUCAGUGUGCAAGAAGCCUCACGUUUGUCACCAUGCAUGAAAUGAACUGAAAGGUCUUUCAGAUGCCUCUCUUUAUGCAUCGCCUCAGUGUUACACUUAUGGAGUCUGUCACAGGAUGCUACGGCAGCUAGACGGGCAGUCAAGGAAUUGUGAGCUCCGAAUGACAAAUGUCAUAUUCUGUUGUUAUUGUUCUUUACCUUUUCCCCCCCACAUGCUGCUAUACACAGAUUCAGACAACUCUUCAUUCCACAUCAAGACAUUGUGUUCAGAAUGACCAAAUCUUUAUUUUAUUACACUUGAGAUUAUUCUAUAGGGGUUUAGUUUCCUAUUUUAAUACUUACAUUAUACAGAACCUGUGCAUAUUAUGGUGUAGGCAUGGGCCAGUUGUUGAGAAAACCCUUAUUAGCUGAUGGGCUUGAAAAGAGAAAGGAAAGAAUGAACAAGCGCCUCUUUCAUGAUAGUUUCUUUUCAAAUUGAUUUUUUUGACUUAAUUGUAUUCAAUAAAAAUUUUAUGUAUGACAA